AAACAAAAAUAGGACAAUAGGACUUACUUUACACACAUAAUGAAAACAAAUUUACCGAGCAGCGGCACAUCGCGGAAACAACAAAUUCCAGCGAACAAAGAGCAUAGAUUCAAGAUUUUCAAAGAAAACAAGAAUGGAAAAAGCUGCAGUUUCGAAACAUCAGAAAACUCUGCCGGAACAAGAGCACCUAGAAGCAAGAAAGAAGAUGAUGUCGCUAUCUGCAGAGGAAGUACCGCUGCAAUUUCGCGAGCAGUUUAUUAUUUCGGGCUAUAGAAGACCUUACGCAAGCGCAAGGGACUGUAUCAAAAGCGCUUUUGGCCCUUACAAUGAAACUUUGAACUUCUGGACGCAUUUUGUUCCGUUUCUCUUGUUUUCUGCGCGAUUCGUGUGGACGUUUCAUCGAGAUGGCAUUGACCUUUAUCGUUUGCCCCUGGUUUCUUUCGCUCUUGGAAUUUGUGGCUUCCUUCUUAUGAGUUCCUGUGCACAUCUUUUCAACUCCAUGUCCCCGAGGAUUCGGCAUUGUUGCUUUUUCUGUGACUACUCGGCUAUCAGCGUGUACAGCGUCGGAGCGGGACUGUCGUUCUAUUUCUACAGCCGGCCAAUAGGGGUGGGGGUUUUCCCUCCGCCUAAGGUUUACAUUACCGGUUCUAUUCUUAUCUCUCUUCUCUCAACCACGCUCUGCUGCGCAUCAAGACAUCGAUGGGCAAAUUAUAAAUACGCCAUUAGAACCGGUAGCUUCGUGCUCGCAUUUCUCUACAAUUGUCUACCGCAUUUUUAUCGCUUUAUUAUAGAAGGUGCGGACAAACUGGAUCCCGUAGCCAUGUCAUAUUUCAAGCGACACACGGUGUUUUAUUUGAUAGCUGCCGUCGCUAACACCACUCGGAUACCAGAGCGGUUGAUUCCAGGUGUUUUUGAUGUGAUUGGGCAUAGCCAUAAUUUUCUCCAUAUUUUCACCGCACUCGGUGUUGCUGACCAAUAUACGGCGAUGGAGCUAGAGAUGAUCCACAGGGAACCCAUUCUAAAGCAUCUACACGUCGAUGUAUACUCAAAAAGCUUGAAUUUGAUGAUUUGUGCGUUAUUGGCUAAUAUUGGGAUCGUGGUUUUGUUUGGGGUCAGGCUAAAGUCUAACAAAGAAGAGGAACAUAAAAUACUUUAAUCGAGUGCGACAUGUGUUAACAAAGACAUUUAUUUUAUACUCGAGAUUACAGGCAACUUUCCGCUAAAGGUAAAAGCGGGCACCCCAUAUGAACGUACCCUUUUGUAAGGAACAUCAUUAUUUCGAACAAGUAUUACUGUCGAUCGAGUGUAAAUGACGAACACAAUUCGUGGCACAUGAUUUUUGUCGAAAAUGUGUCCUAAUGGCUAAUGGGGAAAAAGAAAAACUCCAUGCGCUUACCAUACGCGCACAAAAGAUAAUUUCGGGUCAAAUCAUCGCGGAUUUGGCAAUUUUAGAAACAAUGUUACAUAUGAGGGCGCACAGGGAACCCGAAACUGAAGCGGCCGAUCCGGCUGAUGCGUAAGGCUAGCCUGCUUGUUGUGUUGACUAAUCUAACGAAUGCAAGGUUUAACGGGAAAGGGUGCUAGCUAGUAUACCGUAAUAAUUUCGGGUGUUGGAGGGGGGUAGUGAGAGGGGGGCGCUUAUUGGGGAGCGGGCGCUUAUUUUAUUUCCAGCUUCUGAACAGAUGUAGAACAAAACUUUAUCUGGGAUAAACUGAAAGUUGAAGAGAUGAUAAGUUGACCUGUGUUAUAGAAUCAGUGUAAAUUAAAUGAAGUUUUACAAUUUUCAAGUGUUGCUUUCGUUGAGAUCUAUUUUUAGGAGGGUGGGGGUUGGGGGCGCUUAAUCCAAAAUUCGAAGUCGAGGGGGCGCUUAUUUGAAUCACUACGGUAAGACCAAAAGCAUUGUCGUGCAAAGACGUAAUAAACAACACAAUUUUUUUUUUUUUGAAAAAUGAUCUCAGAAACAGGUACAUGUAUGGGGAAAGUGAACUCCAAAAAGCAUUAGCAUUAGAGACUAUUUGGAUCAUAUAUAUAUAUGUGCAUGUAAUAAGAGAAAGCUACUUAUUCUACAUUAGUUAAUAAUUCUAACUAUUCAAUAAUAUGGGGAAGAGUUAAUAUUCUAAUCUAUUUACACAUUCGAUAUAAACAAUAAAAAUCUACUGUAACUAAAACAUUUUUGCAUGCUUGCAUUUGUGGUGAAAAUAAUAAUAAAAGUAAUAAUGAUAA